AGAGAGAGAAAGGAAGGUGUUACCGGAUUUAGGAGAGAUAAAGAAGGUUUCUUCAUUUAGAAACAGAGACACGAAGUUUGCGAUGAUGAUGAUGAUUCAGAGAAGAGGAGGUGAGAGACAAGACUCGUCGGCGGCGGCGUACAACGUUGUCCAUAAGUUGCCUCACGGAGACAGUCCUUAUGUCCGAGCGAAGCAUGUUCAGUUGGUGGAGAAAGAUGCAGAAGCAGCGAUAGAGUUGUUUUGGAUAGCGAUUAAAGCGAGAGAUAGAGUUGAUAGUGCUCUUAAAGACAUGGCCUUGUUAAUGAAACAACAGAACAGAGCUGAAGAAGCCAUUGACGCUAUUCAAUCCUUUAGAGAUCUUUGUUCAAGACAAGCUCAAGAGUCAUUAGACAAUGUCCUCAUCGAUCUAUAUAAGAAAUGUGGGAGAAUAGAAGAGCAAGUUGAGUUAUUGAAGCAAAAGCUUUGGAUGAUAUAUCAAGGAGAAGCAUUCAAUGGCAAACCAACAAAGACUGCGAGAUCUCAUGGCAAGAAGUUUCAGGUCACCGUCGAGAAGGAAACCUCUAGGAUCUUGGGGAACUUGGGAUGGGCUUAUAUGCAACUAAUGGACUAUACAGCAGCUGAAGCUGUGUAUCGGAAAGCUCAAUUGAUAGAGCCAGAUGCAAACAAGGCUUGCAAUUUAUGCACAUGUCUCAUCAAGCAAGGGAAGCACGAUGAGGCGAGGUCGAUUCUCUUUCGUGAUGUACUAAUGGAGAACAAAGAAGGGUCUGGUGAUCCGAGGUUGAUGGCUCGGGUUCAAGAGCUAUUGAGUGAGCUAAAGCCACAGGAAGAAGAAGCAGCGGCUUCUGUGUCUGUGGAAUGUGAAGUUGGUAUAGAUGAGAUAGCGGUUGUCGAAGGACUUGAUGAGUUUGUGAAGGAAUGGAGGAGGCCUUAUAGGACAAGAAGACUUCCGAUUUUCGAAGAGAUCUUACCACUGAGAGAUCAAUUGGCUUGUUGAUGAUUCUCUGUGUGUUUGGAUUGAUGUUUGAAUACUGAAUAGGAACCUUUUUGGGUAGAAGAAUGUAGUGAGUGAAUAGAGUUUACCUCUUGUAAGCUUUUUCGGGUGUCGUUGUCUGUUAUUACCGCAAUGUCAAAUGAUCUCAUUCCAAAAGUAAUUCCAAAAGUAGUUGAUGUUAUAUCCAUAGAUAUAACACUAUCAGAUAAUGUGUCAAGUUGGUUGGAGGAAUAUAAAACCGAUCAUUAGACUUGUAGAUUACAAGAGCAUAAAGGCCUAACCUAUAUAAUAAG